GAUUUCAAUCUUGGAUCAUUUUUUAGGGUUGCUGCCAGGGAUAUAGGUGAUGCAUCCUUACCUUGGGGUGCCAGCGGCUACAUUGGAGCCUACUAAGGUCAAGGAGACAGAUACAGGUUUUUGGUUGUCUCGCAUUGGGGGGGUAAAGUGUUUGUGCAAUAAUCUUCUUUGAUUUAACUUUGGGGUUAGAGUUAGAUUUAAUCCAUUAAUAAAUGAGGGAAAAAGUAUUUAUAAUUAUUUAAAAAGUAUCUAUAGUUAUUUAGUUUGACCAAAGCACAAAAUCACGACGUUGGGAAAGGCAAUUAACUGAAAUUUAAACAAAAUAUUUGUUGGUAAACGGCAUGACGUUUGGAGAAAGAAAUGGUUAGCAAUUUUAUCACGUUUCCGUUCUUGCAAUUUGUGUUCAAGCAAGGGACUGCAAUUCAAAAUACGACAGAGCGGCAAAACGAAUUCAUAAAUUUAAAAAAUCUAAAAGAGUCUGAUCCAACGGAUUCUUUCUACUUCCACACUCUCAAUGGCCAGAACCAAACAUUCCGCGCCCCCGAGUCGAAGGAGAAAGAAAGCGACUGGAACUGCAACCUCACCAAGUUCACCAGCAACGCCACCAAAAAGACCCCUGGACCAAGUACAAGUGGCACACAGAGAAAUGCUCCUUCAACUCCAGGAACACAAAGGCAGAGGAAACCGCAUCGCUACAGGCCAGGAACAGUCGCUCUCCGAGAAAUUCGCCAUUUCCAGAAGAAUUGGAAGCUGCUCAUCCCAGCUGCUAGCUUCAUCCGAGUUGUAAAGAGUAUUACAGGCGAAUACUCCCAAGAAGUUAACCGUUGGACAGCUGAAGCUUUAGUAGCACUUCAAGAGGCAGCAGAGGAUUUUUUGGUCCAUUUGUUUGAAGAUGGAAUGCUAUGUGCAAUUCAUGCAAAGCGCGUUACAUUAAUGAAAAAGGAUAUUGAGCUGGCACGUCGGCUUGGAGGGAAGGGACGACCUUGGUGAAAAUGUUACAGCAUAACCAAGACUGUUUACAACCAUUAUGAGAUGUAAUUCUGCUGUUGUUCUUUGAUAGUAAUUCCUUUCCUCCUAUUGUGGGCAUAAUAACAACUAGGAAGUCAGAAACAUGCUUAGCUCUCCUGCAGCCAAUUUGUUGCUUCCUGUUUGAGAGUGUAGCCUAGGUAGAUUCCAUGUAAACAGGUAGAUUCCUUUCUCAGAAUAUUUCUUAAGAUCACAAAUUGUCUUAGGGUUACUUUUGGACCAUUUAGCCAUUCAUGGUUGUAAGCUGGCCUAUGUAGCUGUGCAUACAUGAGAAUAUUUGUGUUGGACCAUUCAGCCUUCUUUGUGUAAUAUGUCUAAAUAGAAUCAUUUCUAUAUAAUAUAAAUAAUAUCUAAAUUAUAAAAAUGAUUAUAAUAAUAUUAAAUAAAAGUUCUUUGAUAGAA